CACUACUAUAUAACAAAUAAUUUUAGAAUGGUUAACUCAAAGUGGCAAGCUUAUUAGAUAGUUCUUCCACACACCCAGAGCAAUGGAUUUUAAUGUGGCCAUCGACGAAGCUCUGAAAAAUGUCAACCAGCUGGAGCGACUUGGCAAGAGGCUGACAGAUGAGCAGCCCUUCAUAGAAGCUUUUCCAGCUUCAGUUACUUACACUGUUAAUCUGGACACUAACUUUGAGGACAGGGAGGCGUUCGUUACGGGCUUCUCAAAGUAUCUCGAAGAAGCAACUGUUCAAUCUGAUUUGAACCUGCUUCUGGAGGAGGGAGAGAAACAUGCUGUUAUGUUGUACACUUGGAGAUGCAUAUCUAAAGCUAUUCCAUCGGUGAAGGAUGAUAGCGAUCCCCGGAGAAUGGAAAUAUACGAGAAGACUAUACAGGUUAUGGAACGUGAGAUUGGUAAACUUAUUGAGUUUUACUACUUCUUCGAUCGUGCUAAAGACAAGUUCUGCCAGGAGAUUACUAACCUUUGUCAUCCUCAAAAAAUAAAGGACUUUAUAUCAGAAACACAUCUUGUUACGCUGGGUCAGCUUAUCAAUAUGUUUGCUGUGCUGGAUCAACUGAAGGAUAUUAAAGCUUCUAUAUCCAACGACUUUACCCACUACAAGAGGAUUGACUCACUGCUGGGGAAGCAAGGGAUGAACGAAGAUAGGAACAUGUUGUAUCAACAACUAACCAUGUUCCUUGCUGGACGCAGGGUUAUUAUGGAUGCACUGUUCACGAAACUUUCUACGAUCGAAAACUUUGAGGAAGUAUUAGCAGAAAUAGUAAAUACAGCCGCAAGAAGAUUCGAGAUGAAAUGCUACAUGACACCCAAGGAAAAGCACAUGCUGUUAAAGGUAGUAGCAUUCGGUUUAUUCCUGAUCGACGGACCAGCAAAUAAAAGUAGGGGUGAGAAAAAGGGGCCAUCUUCAAGACUGCUAAAAAUGAACGAUAGAAGUCUGAGUAUUCAAAGAUUUGAUCGUCUUUUCAAGACUCUACCUGUGGUCCCCCUGUACGGAGACAUGCACAUAAACGUGUACCUGUGCCCACGCGACCAGAGAUUCACAAGCUACGAGUUGGACCCGGGUAAAUGGACCUGUGUUAACAAGGACGUAGUCAAGGUAUCAACAACACAGUUUAAUAUAGUAAACAAGUUGCAAAUAAUGAGACAGGAAUACGAGAGGAUAACAGCUGAACUUAUGAACAUCAACGGAUCGUACAAGAACCAGUUCAAUAUCUCGGAAGGAGAGGGAGUUACACAAAACACUUCCGCCCCUCAGUUUAUGGAGGUGUUCGAGCUGGCGAAGCGCGGCAUUCAGUUCCUGUGCGAGUGCAGUGCUACUCUCAUGGAACUGUACGUUUGGAAACUGUCCAACCCCCGUGACAAGCGAGAACUGGAAGUGCAACUAAAAAACAAUCUUCUGAAUGAAGAAUCUGAGGGACCCAUCGAGGAAAAGGACUUUGAUAUCGCUCACUACGAACGGGCUACGAAAUACAACUACACGCCAGAGGAGAAGUCUGCGUUUGUAGAAGUUAUCUCUAUUAUUAAGUCAACAGCUGCCCUCAUGAAGCGAAUGGAGGUAGUGUUUAGCGAGGGUAUAGCCCGCUGUGUGCACCUUGAGGUCCAGGACUUUGUCCAGCGGCGACUCAGAGACUUGCUACGGUUCUCUGUCAAGAAGAAGAAACAGAUAAUCAGAACGGUGGUGACGGCCAUUAGGGAAACAUGUGCUGACUGGAUAAACAACAAGGAGGACCCUAACGACCCCGCUAUAAAGGGAGAAAAGGACCCUAAGACCGGGCACAAAGUCCGGAUUAAGAACAGAGCAUGUGGGCUGUCGAGCACACAGUUGUACAUGGUGAGGACGAUGGUAGAGAGUCUUAUCUCCAACAAGGCUGCUAACAAGAAGACUAUGAAGAAGGAGAUGGACACUCAGCAUUACACUGAACUGGACAAGUUCUAUUCUAGGUCAUAUUUCUACAAAGACCUGCUGAACUUUGGGACAGUGCUGAGCGACUGUUCGGACUUGCCUCAGUUCUGGUACCGGGAGUUCUACCUGCAGCUGGAGGAUAAGAUACAGUUUCCUAUCGAGAUGAGCAUGCCAUGGAUCCUCACUAGUCACAUACUUGAAAUGGGAGAUCCCAGUAUGAUGGAAUACAUCCUGUUCCCUCUGGAUCUUUACAACGACAGUGCCAACUAUGCACUCUCUGUCUUCAAGAAGCAGUUCCUUUAUGACGAAAUCGAGGCUGAGGUGAACUUGUGUUUUGAUCAGUUCGUGUAUAACCUGUCUGAUAACAUUUUCAACUACUUCCGACAAAAGGCCUGUAUUCUUUAUCUUGACAAGAAGUUCAAGGACGAUGCUGCCAAUCUGAAGAUAAGGAUCCCCAAUUGUCAGAGCAACAGAUACGAGACAAUACUCCAGCAGAGACACGUACAGCUCCUGGGAAGAAGCGUGGACUUGAACCGUCUGAUACGACAGAGGCUGGCCAUUGCCAUGCACAAGAGCAUAGAGGUGGCCAUUACCAAAUUUGAAACGAAAGAUUUGACGGGUAUAAUUGAGUUACAGUCGCUCAUUGGAAUAGCAAAACUAACAUAUCAGAUGCUAUGUGAAUACGUUACUCUUGAUUCAUUUGACGAUAUAUUCCGACAAGCUAAUGACAGUGUGAAGUCCCCCUGCGGUAAGAUAACCAUGCACAUCUACGAUGAGCUCAACAACGAUUUCCUACCUAACUUCUGCUACAAUUCUAGUACCAACAGGUUUGUAAGAACGACUAUGGCAUUCUCUGAGGCAGUGCACAGGGAAUCACACAGUUACUAA